UAUGUACAGAUCCAGAAAAACCUCAGAGUUACCAAUACCAGAGUAAUGAACAGACCGGUCAACCACAUACCUCAUUUGGAACCGGAAAUAUGCAAUCAGGCAGCAACAGAGACCAAAAAAAUAAAUAAAUAAAAAGAAGAUGAAGCAAAUACACUAUAGUACCUUGUUAAAUGUAAGCUACUAAAAUAUAAAGGGAAAGUGGAAAAAAGGUUUGCCAAGAGUGCUUCCUGCAAGAAAUUUUGAAGAAUGCAGUCUUCAAAGAAUAAAAAUGUAGAAAAGUCAGAACCAUUUUAUAGACCUUCAGUACCUAAGCAGAAGACCAGUGCUGAGAUAAUAAAUGAAGCACGAAAUGCGCUACGGACUUUAAGAACUCAAAGGCCAUUUACACCUAGAGAGGACCAAAGGAAACUUUUUGGAUCUGCAUCUUCACGAACACCAGAUAAUAGACCACCUUCCACUUUCAGUCUCCAUGCUUCCAGUUUUGAAUCAGGUGAUUCAAGACUAGUUUCUGGAACACGUCUCAGCCCACUGGACCAUAAGCCAAAACUACUUUCAUCAUCUACAAAAGAUGAAGAUUCAUCCAUUUCCUUCCCGAAGCCUCCAGUGAACCCAGUGGAAGUUAGAAAAGUCAGCAGUGCCCGAGCACGCUUAUGUAGAACAGCUUCUCAGGGAUAUCUCCUUCCAGAUAAAAUAUUUCUUCCUGAUGAGAAUAAGGAGCAGGUGAAUUCUGAAGAACCAGCUCCAAUGGAUAAUCUUUCAAGGAGAAGUAACAGAAGUUAUUUAGCAGAACUAAAUCCACGCUCCAGUGCCAAGGAUGAUGGUAUUCCAUUAGUUUACAAUGAACAUAAUAAGGCCGAGGAGCAAGACUUCUUAAAAGGGGCAGUAACAACAUCUCCAUUGCAGUUCAAAAGUGGAAGUGACCAAAAUAAAAUUGGUGACAAGCCUUCGUCAAAUCUAAGCCUCACUGACUGGAAUAAAUCAGGAAACAAAGCAGGUUCAGAGGAUGACUCAAGAGUAAAUGAAACAGAAGAAGAAGAAAACUACUGGAAUGUGAAGAUUUUACCAAUUGUGUAUGAAUUAGAGAAUGAAGACAACAUAGAAAACCUCUGCCUUGCUUGCACCAGUCUCCAUGAAGCCUUAGAAGAAGGAAAUAUGUUUGGAAAGAAAUUUAAAGGAAGAAGUGUGCUACUGAAGACGCUAUAUAAACUAGUUGACAUUGGUUCAGAACCUCUUGGCCUGAAACUGGCAAAAAUUAUUCUGGCUCUCAAAGUAAGUGGAAAGAACCUGCUCAAUGUCUGCAAGCUGGUAUUUAAAAUUAGUAGAAACGAGAAAAAUGAUUCACUCAUUCAAACUGAUGGUCUAUUGGAUUCUUUGUUGGAGAUCCUGAGAAUUGAAGAUCUACAUACAAAUCAUGAGGCUUUUCUGUAUUGCACGGGAGCAAUAAAAUUCAUUUCUGGAAAUGCUGUACUCCUUAAUGAACUUGCUAACAAAGGAGGUGUUGAAAUAAUGUUUCAGUUAAUGAAGCGGAUUAAUAAUAUUAAAGAAAAUGACACAUGUUUCUCCAACUUGGGCCACCUAUUAGUCCAGCUGACAGCUACUUUGCGAAACUUAAUUGACUUACCUCGUUCAAGAUGCCAGCUCCUGUGUUGCAGUGCAGUUUCAGAGCUCUGGGUGGUGCUGGAGCAGCGUUUGAAUGAUAAAGAUAUAUGUACCAAUAUUGUUAGGAUAUUCAGCAAACUAUCUUCCUACAAUGAUUGCUGUGCAGCUCUGGCAGACUACUCCAGAUGCUAUGUCUUAUUUUUAGCCCUUCUAAACAAACACCAAAAGAAGCAGGAUUUAGUUGUCCGCGUUGUUUUUAUUCUUGGCAAUUUAACAGCGAAGAACAACCAGGCCCGUGAACAAUUUUUUAAAGAGAAAGGAAGUGCUGAUACUCUGAUAUCAUUGUUCCAAACCUACAAUGAACUUGAUUUGAAUGCAAAAAAAGAAAAGCAUGAAGGAGAACAAAAUAAAACAAAACAAAAACAUCCUUCAGAAGGAGAUGAUAUCCUUAUAAAACUGAUAAGAGUGCUCGCUAAUCUCUCAAUUCAUCCUAGUGUCGGUGCUGCUCUAGCAGCUAACCAUCAUGUUGUGGCAUUACUUAUUACAGUGCUAGAAUACAAGUCAAUAGAUGACUGUGAGGAGCUGGUGAUCAACGCUACUGCAACAAUCAACAAUUUAUCCUACUACAAAGUGAGGAAUUCUGUAAUUGAAGACAAGAAGCUACACAUUGCAGAAUUGCUUCUAAAGCUGCUGAUGAGCAGCAAUAUGGAUGGAAUUUUGGAGGCUGUGAGAGUCUUUGGCAAUCUUUCCCAGUACUUUGAAAUAUGUGAUUUCAUUAUACAGAGAAAAGUAUACAAGUUUAUGGUUGCUUUGCUUGAUGCCAAACAUCAAGAUGUCUGCUUUUCUGCCUGUGGAGUUCUGCUAAACCUUACUGUGGAUAAGAACAAACGACCUAUACUAAAGGAAGGAGGAGGAAUUAAGAAGUUAGUAGAUUGUUUAAGAGAUUUUGGGCCUACAGACUGGCAGUUGGCUUGCUUGGUAUGCAAAACCCUGUGGAACUACAGUGAAAAUAUCGCAAGUGCUGCAUCAUGCUUUGAAGAUGAUGAUAUCAAUACACUCCUAGUGCUACUUGCAUCACUUUUAGGUAAGAACUAACAAUCUCAUUACCCUUAGACCAGAACAAGACAGGAAAAAAACCAAGGAAAUAUUGUGUGCAUGCAAGUCAAUGUAUUUAAGCAGGUUAGUAGGUCAUGGAUUACUCACUGACACUAUGACCUUCACCCAUUCAUGGCUGCUACUAUCUCUGUGCUUUUCCUCCUUCAUUUCACAUGUAAGUUGUCACUAAGGAAGAACUGAAUUUUUGUACUAUUUGCCAUUCUAUUCUCCAUUCUCCUAGGCUACAUCUACACUGGCAUGAUUUUGCGCAAGAACUCUUUUGCGGAAGAGUUCUUGUGC